AUGGCAGACAAGAAAGAACAACCAGGAAUGUUUGCCCGCGCCUACAACUACGGUAUGGCUACUGCCGGCGACGUCGCCGGUAACGCGGUCGACUCAGCAGGAAAGACAGUCACAGAGAAGGGCCAGGGAGUCGGUACCUAUCUCGGCUCUUACGGCAACACAGUCUCCGACUACGGAUCCGGCCUAAAAGACGCCACAGCAGCCAACGACACGAAACGCACACCCACCGCCUCGAACCCGGCCGGAUUAUCCAAGAACACCGAGGGCGGGAAAAACACGCUGAAACAGGGCGCUGCAGGGACGAAGAAAGCUGCUGCCGGCACGAGUGCUGGGGCCAAGAAGGCCGCGCCGCCCACCAGCGGCGCCGCGAAACCUGCAGAAGCGGCGAAGAGCACGGCGGCUCCUGAGAAGAGGAAGCCGCCGAAGCUGGGGAAGCCGAAGAACGCUGCUGCUGGUGCGAAGGCGGGGGCGGGGGCGAGUGAUGCUGCUGCGUCUGCGACUGCGGGCGCGAAGGCGGGUGGAGAGGAAGCGAAAAAAGGGGCGGAGGGGGCAAGUGCGCCGGCGAAGAAGGCGGCGAGUGGGAUUGGGAGUGGGAAGCAGACGAAGAGUAAUCCGCUUGGGUUAUGA